AUGACGGUCCCUGGAAUGAAAUUCUCACUCAUUCCCAAAGCCAACCGGAAGGCGAUCUACGAAUACCUCUUCAAAGAGGGCGUGAUCGUCGUCCAGAAGAAUGGCAAGAUUGAGCGACACCCCGAGGUCCCUGUUCCCAACCUCCACGUCAUGAUGACUCUCCGUUCUCUGCAGACCAAGAAAUUCGUCGAAGAGAAGUUCAACUGGCAGCACAACUACUACUUCUUGACCAACGAGGGAAUCGAGUAUCUCCGAACCUACUUGCAUCUCCCGCCCACAGUCUUCCCCUCCACCCUCACCAAGAAGGGUACAGGCAGACCCUCUCGCGGCGCUGAGGCCAUGGGCGAAGGCGCCGACAUGAACGGCGACUGGCGUCCGCGCGGAGGCUUCGGACGUGGUCGUGGCCGGAUGGGUGACCGCCCUGACAGGGCUGAAAGAGCGCCGCGCUACGCCUAA